AUGACACCUAGCCGGAUCUGCAGGGGCAGCUCUUCCAUUCCAGAAGCGGUGCGGCUGACCGCCAUUUUACACCGCACGGCGCGCACGAUGCUUGCAGAUGAGACUCGAGCCCCGUCGGACCGUCGCCCACAUUGGGGGAGGGGUUGGACGGGUUUCCACUCCAAAUGGGAUCAGUUCGCAUCCUCCCAGUACGCUGGGUUGAGGUCCACAUCGGCCUAUCGUGGGGCAAGCAGCGCUGGAGUGUGGGUUGCCCUAGCAGCCCAGUCGGGCUUCUUAACGAAAUCAUCGUCAACCGCUCCAGGGGUGCAGAAGGAGUCGGUAAUCUUGCUCGUGAACUGCUUUGCGGGCCCCUAG